AUGUCCGACGCAGCCACAGAGACGAAGCCUGCGCAGCCCGCAGAGACUGCUGCAACGGCAACGAAGGAGGAAGAAGACAACUUCAAUCCCGAGGAGGAAGUUACCGAAGGAAACUGGAACACCCCACAAGUGGAAGUCCACGCCGUGCAAGUGGAGACCGGAGAGGAAGACGAAGACGUUUUUUGGAAGUAUCGCAGCAAGUUGUACCGUUGGGUGGGUUCGACGGGAGAUGCUCAGACAGCCGGAGAGUGGAAGGAGCGCGGGAUCGGAGACGCAAAGUUACUGCGCCACAAACAAACCGGCAAAAUCCGCUUUCUUCUUCGCCAAGAAAAAACCCUCAAAAUCGUCGCUAACCACUACGUGGUGGCCAAUGGGGUUUACUGCAAACUCACGCCGAACGUGAGCAGCGAGAAGAUUUGGGUGUGGACGGUGAUGGACUUCGCGGAGGGCGAGUUGAAGAAUGAGCAAUUUGCGCUCAAGUUCGGACAAGUGGAGCAGGCCCAAGAGUUCAAGAAGAAGUUCGAAGAAGCCGCCGCUCUGAACGCGAAGAUUUUCGGCGUGGACGCAGACGGCGAAGAAAAGGAAGAAAAGAAGGAAGAGAAGGACGAGAAGAAGGACGAGAAGAAGGACGAGAAGGACGAAUCGAAGUAG